UCCGCCGUCCGCGGCCCAGGCCAGCGCGGGGUGUGCGUCGGCGUCGCGGCCAGCAGAGGGAUUCUGGGUAACGGCCCCGGCAGGCUGGGGCGGCUGGCUCCGCGCAGCAGGUUCCGCUCACGCCAAGUCCGUUGGCAGUGGCGGCUCUAGGGCUGGGGGCAGCCGGACAUGGAGCAGCCGUGGCCGCCGCCGGGACCUUGGAGCCUCCCUCGGGCCGAGGGUGAGGCCGAGGAAGAGAGUGACUUGGACGUGUCCCCCAGUUCUCCCCGCUGCCCGCAGCUGCCGGGCGGCGGCGCCCAGAUGUAUAGUCAUGGAAUUGAACUGGCUUGCCAAAAGCAGAAAGAGUUUGUCAAGAGCUCUGUGGCGUGCAAAUGGAAUCUCGCAGAAGCUCAGCAGAAACUUGGUAGCCUAGCCCUGCAUAACUCGGAGUCCUUGGAUCAGGAACAUGCCAAAGCACAAACAGCGGUAUCGGAGCUGAAGCAACAUGAAGAAGAGUGGAGGCAGAAAGAAGAGGCUCUCGUACAGAGAGAGAGAAUGUGUCUGUGGAACAUGGAUGCCAUUAGCAAGGAUGUUUUUAAUAAGAGUUUUAUUAAUCAAGAUAAAAGAAAAGAAAUAGAAGAUGAAGAUAAAUCCAAAUCAUUUAUGCAGAAAUAUGAACAAAAAAUCAGACAUUUUGGUAUGUUGAGUCGAUGGGAUGAUAGUCAGAGAUUUUUGUCUGACCAUCCAUACCUUGUAUGUGAAGAAACUGCUAAAUAUCUUAUUUUAUGGUGUUUUCAUCUAGAAGCCGAACAGAAAGGGGCUCUAAUGGAACAAAUAGCACAUCAAGCUGUUGUGAUGCAGUUUAUUAUGGAAAUGGCCAAAAACUGUAAUGUGGAUCCAAGAGGGUGUUUUCGUUUAUUUUUCCAGAAAGCCAAAGCAGAGGAAGAAGGUUAUUUCGAAGCAUUCAAAAAUGAACUUGAAGCUUUCAAGUCAAGAGUCAGACUUUAUUCUCAAUCACCAAGUUUUCAACCUAUGACAGUUCAGAAUCAUGUUCCCCAUUCUGGUGUUGGAUCUAUAGGUUCGUUAGAAUCCUUAUCACAAAAUCCAGAUUAUCUUCAGUAUUCUGUCAAUACAGCUCUUUGCAGUUUAAACUCAGUGGUACAUAAAGAAGAUGAUGAAUCCAAAAUGAUGGACACUGUAUGAUUUGGUUAAGACUGCUGAGGCCAAGUGCUAUUUUGUUACAAGAAAGGAAGAACUUGGCUAUUUUCUUGACACUUUUAUGGGUGCUGCACUUUAUUUUUGUUCGGUUUUGAUGGGAGGGGAAAAAAGAGUACUGAAACGUUUUGUAAAAUUUUUUUUAUGUGCUGCUAGGUUUUUUUUUUUUCUGAAGAGAGGAGAGUGAUACCAUAUGUUGUGGGACGUCAAACUGGACUUUGGGUUUUUUUGGUUUUCUUUGGCUACUAAAUUUGCCUUUAAUCUUAUUGUACUCAAUUUUGGAAUCAAAGUAGGAAAAUCUGCACAAAUGCAAUGUUUACAAGAACCGGUUGAUUCUAGGAGGCAUCUGCUACAGUCUCUUUUUAUAUGGGUAUGUACAUGUCCUACGCUACAAAAAUAAUUAAAGAUAAAAUGUACUUGUAUCCUGCUAAUUUAGCUGUCAAAUCUGGUGUUUCAUCAUAUUAAAAGCAAUAAAUCAGUA